GUUGACCUCGCGGAAGGUCCAAUUCUUCCAUCGGAAAAUCAAGUCCUUCCAGGAGCUGACCGCUGAAGGGGUGGACGUGGUGGUCAAUUGUACCGGGAUUCGUGCCGGAGAGCUACAGACUGACCCUGAGCUGCGUCCAGGCCGAGGACAGAUCAUCAAGGUCGAGGCCCCCUGGGUGAAGCAUUUCAUCGUCACCCAUGACGCUGACGCUGGGAUCUACAGGGAGCCCUACAUCAUCCCCGGGAGCCGCACGGUGACCCUGGGGGGGAUAUUUCAGCUGGGGAACUGGAGUACGGAGAACAACGCAGAGGACCGUAAGAAAAUCUGGGACGGAUGCUGCAAGUUGAUGCCCAGCCUCCAGGAAGCCAAGGUGGUCGAAGAAUGGAGCGGUUUGCGCCCGUCACGCCCGGCAGUCCGGCUGGAACACGAGACCAUUCGUCACGGGGCGCUCCGAUCCGAGGUGAUUCACAAUUACGGCCACGGAGGGUUUGGGCUCACCAUUCACUGGGGGUGUGCCAUGGAAGCAGCCAAACUCUUCGGGAAGUUCUUAGAAAGCCAGAAGUUGACCAAGCCUCCUCGCGCACAUCUCUGAACAAGGGCAAAGGUGUCGGAAACCCCUUCUGUGUGUAGGUCUAACUUUCCCCCCACCUUCCGUCUUACAAAGGGGAGCUAAUUUUGACAAAUUUGGGGGUCUGGUUCCUUAA